GGUGGAGAAUUUAUUGGAGCCUCAAGAAGAAGCCCAACAAAACAAACAAAGUCUGAUUGUACUGGAUUGGCAUCACAGCUCGGAAUGGACUUGAUUUUAAAAGGCCUGUUUUUGUCCUACUUGUUGAUGUUCUGCCAUUCCCAGAUCCUGGAUAUAAAAGAGAAAAAUGUUUGUCGGGAUAAAAGAAACCCAUCACAUUUUGUUUGCUGUCCUGGAUGGAAACGUCAGGGGAACAACUGCAGUGUCCCACUGUGUGAAGGACCCCAAUCCUGUUCUGUAAAUGAAAUGUGUGUAAAUCCAGGGUUCUGCCUUUGUAAGCCAGGAUUCUUUGGAGCCAACUGUGAAACAAGUUGUCCUCCCCAGUUCUGGGGUUCUGAAUGCAAGAAGGUCUGCUCAUGUCAUCCACAUGGACAAUGUGACCCUGUAACAGGUCAAUGUACUUGCAAUUCAAAUCGCUGGGGACCCAACUGUCAAGAGACAUGCAAAUGUGGAAAUAAUGCUGCCUGUGACCCCCUUACAGGACAAUGCAUCUGCAAACCAGGCUGGUGGGGGCUGAAUUGUAAACAGCAAUGCAAGUGCAGUCUUGAUAGCUCCAAGUGUGACCUUAUCACUGGGAAGUGCAAUUGCUCACCAGGUUUCUGGGGUGCCAACUGUGCACUGAAGUGUAUGUGCGUUCACUCAUCCUGCCACCAAGAGACAGGAAUAUGCCACUGCAAGCCGGGCACAUGGGGGCCAUCCUGUGAGCGAUCUUGUAGCUGCCAAAAUGGAAACUGUGACCCCAGAAGUGGUGAAUGCCUCUGUGAACCAGGGUACAAGAGUCCUACCUGCAGUGAGCCCUGUCAGGCUGGCUUUUAUGGGAGCGGCUGUAAAAUGAAGUGUGGGUACUGCAAACAUCACAAGCCUUGUGACCCUAAGACUGGCUCUUGUGUGGCCUGUGAACUGGGCUGGAAUGGUACCCUCUGUAAUCAGCUUUGUCCUGCGGGUCGAUAUGGAGAAAACUGCAAUGGAGUGUGUCGGUGCCGUGGCAGUGAAGUCUGUAAUCGCAAGACUGGGACAUGCUUGCACUGUAACCCUGGCUGGUCUGGACCAAGGUGUGAUUCCCCAUGUCCAGCUGGAAGCUAUGGAAACCUCUGCCGCUUUCAGUGUCAACCAUGUUACCACGGAAGCUGUGAUUCAGUGACUGGACACUGCAUUUGUGACUCAGGAUAUCAGGGAGACAGCUGCAACACUACUUGUCCAGUUGGAUUCCAUGGCCAGAAUUGCUCAUCUCCUUGCCUCUGCAGGAGUGGUACUUGCCAUCCAGUCACUGGAGUCUGUGAUGCUGCUUUAGGGAGACAUGAAGUCCUCAUCAUUGCCAUUCUUGUCCCUCUUUUGCUGGUGCUCUUGGCAGUCAUCUGCUGCUGCUGCUGCUGUGGAAGCAAUCUGAACGAUACAAAAGACAGGUCGGCCAUUAGUGAUGCUGGUCCAAUGACUCGCAUGAAGCACCACGUUAUCUGUGUUAUAGCUAAUUUAAGCUCAGCCAUUCCCUGCUUUGUUCUGGGGUCUUCAACAUGGCCUCGGGUCACAGUGGCUCAUCAUGAUGCUGAUGUGACCUUUAACCACAGCUUUAUCGAACCUCCUUCUGCCGGCUGGGUAUCUGAGAACUCAUUCUCAUCAUUUGAAACAGACGAGGAAGGUCCUGUCUACUGCAUUCCACCCAAAGAAGGUGAUGGUGCAGAGUUCCAGGAAAUGGCUUCUAAGUGUAACAUCUUUCCAGAUGUUUCCUCCUUCAAUGCUGAGGAUGUUUCUCAGGCCUUCCCUAUUCCCCGAACCUCCAGCAUUGCCAAGUCCAAGAGGCCUUCGGUGAGCUUUGCGGAAGGCACCAAGUUCGGACCAGAGGAGCGUCGCGGUUCAGCUACAGAAAUGUUUAAUAUUCUUCGCACAUCAAAAAUGUUAUGGGUGACCUCAAAGCUUUCAACUAUCCAGUCCAACACUUCUUCAUUAGAGGGGGAAGAACCAUCUUCAACUGAGGAUAAUCAUCAUUAUGAGGAUGCUGAGAUGCCAGAUGCCAAUCUAAAUAAAACAGACCCAGAUAAAGAAUCAAAAUCAGCGUCCAUUGGGGGCAGUGGAGAAGCCCAAAGUGGUAGGAGAAGGACAAUGUCAAAUGCCAAAAGAAAUGCUCUGCCACAUCAAGCUGCAGAAAACACAGUUUCUGUACAAAAAAGCAAUUUAGAAAAAAUCUCAACUGUCUAUGUGACAUUAGGAAAAGCUGUGCGUCAGUCCAAAGCCUCCUCUGACUCAAGCAUGGAAGGGCCAGUUCAAUCAGUUUUGAGGAGACUGGGCAGCCUACAAAGACAGAAAGAAGACUCUCCCAAACCUAGUGGACGGGGAGACAAUAUAAUAAAGCCACCCCGAAGAAAACUUGGAGCCAGAGCUGGACUUUGGGAACAAGCCUUAGCUGCUUCAGCUGCCAAAGGUCUGCCUAAGCAGAAAACACAGGUUAGACAUUCAAAUAAAUUGGAUUGUUCUGUGGACUCUCAAGAAGGAACUGAGGUAAGGAGGCCUCUGAUGUCCACAUCCAUUCUUAAAAAUACUGUGAUGUCCUCUGGUGGAGAGACAAGGGAAAAGUCAGAAAUGGAGAAUGGGGAUGGAGCUGUAGGGGACCAAUAUGAAACCCACAUGGAAUGCAGCAUGGCUUCAAACAUUAACCUCAGUGAUCAAGGUGCUCCCAGUGCUGAUGAGAAACAGACACUUACAGAAGAUGAAGGGCCAAAAUAUGAAAAUGUAGAUCCAAGAGACAUUAAAUGUGCUUCAUACACAACAGAAGGUUAAAGCAAGAAAACAGAGCUCUCUUGAUGUGUUUCCACUCUUAUUACUGCCCUCUCAUUACUGGGGAAUUAUGUGUAAAUCUCUAAGCCACCUUUACUAUUAGAGGAUAAUUCUCAAUAAUUGAUUUCAGGAUCUGCUGAAAACUAUGUUGAAGAAAAGCUAACCAUACUUGACUCUUUGGCCUCCAUGAGAUUUUAACAUGUGCCUGAGAAGUUUACUCAUUUCAGGUUCUGCAGUUAAGGUAAAAAUUGAAAUGAUUCAGGACUAGUAAGCAUGGCUAAAGGUAACAGCAAUACAACAGUCGGGAACAACUGCUGAUUCCAUUGUUACUGCCUCAUAGUCCAGAUGUAACUCCUAAGGGUGAGGCAGCACCGUAUAGAACUGGCUGAUUGCUAAAUGAAGCAUAUUGUCCUAUUAGAUUACUAUUGUGCAAAAGCAAUGAGUAAAGUCCUUUUAGAAAACAUUGCAGUAAGUUACUCUGAAAACAAAAGGAAGGAAUUUGGGUUAUGGGUAGAAAGUCAAAUGUUGCAUUCUGGAAUAAUCUUCACUAAUCCUAUUUUGAAAAUAAAAACAAUGACAAAGAACAGCCAUAUUAACAUACAAUCCAACUAUAAUGUAUUUUACAUUUGCUAAAAUCCACUAAUAAUAACUUAUUUGUAUCUUUAACUUGGUAGCAUGGCAUUCAAUUUAAUAAGCCAUAACAAAGUGACCAGGUAACCAUUCAAAGAUGUAUACAAAUUUGCAAAUGUGGAAAAGUCUACAAUUGUGGUACUCUUAUAGCUCUGUAGAUUUCUAUUAGACUAGUAUAAUACAGCCUACAGAAUGCAGAUAUUUCUUUCUUUAUUCACCCCUUCAUAUGACUAAAUGGUACUGUACUUCUCUUUUUUACUCUUACAUUCUACUCACCAUUGCACAGUUUUCAUUCAAAACAUGGUAGCUUCAAAUGUGGUAAGCAAUCUUAACAAUUAGUAAAGGUUGUUAUGUGGAUGACUUUCUCUUUACUGACUGGUGCAUAAAGGAAUAAUGAAAAGGAACAAAGAAUUUGGUAUUGCGUUUAGCCCUAGAAUCCUCUUUAUACUAGAACAACAGAGCACUCUACAUUACAGGGAAAACUCACCCACAUACUCAUUUACACAAAGCUAAUUUAAAGUCUCCUAAUAUUCACAACUUUAGUAUGUAGGAGGAGAACAGCAUCCUCUAAAAAAGUCUAUGUGGCCAUAGGAAUCACAUACAAAAUCCAUACAUAUACUGACUGUGACAGGAUUCGAACCAGUCUCCUAGAACAAUGAUAUGUAACAUUAAAAUGGCACUUAGGAGUUUGAUGUGUCUUUUUAACAUCAAGCUAGUUUUCUGAUUCACAGCUUGGGCUGUCAUUUCAUUAUAACCUGUGAAAGCCCAGCAUUGAAUGUACUCAUGUUUACAGUUAGUUUGAGCCUCUUGAUUUGUUUGCCUUGCCAAAGAGCUGUUCUACUGCAGUGUUCAUCAACUGUCUUAUUCUCAGCCAGCUUCCUCUGGCUAUUUGUUCUCCUGUUUCCGAUGCCCUAAGUUAGCAUAAUUUACUGGAAAAGCAGUUUACCACAGUUACAAAAAUAGCUAAAGCAACAUGAAGCAAGCAGUCUCUGAAUAGCUGAGAAACUGUACUAACAGGCAGGUAGGCUAUUGGUACUAAUGAUUUUUUUCCUGAAGGACAACAAAUAUUCAUAUAUACAGCUUAUUUAUGGGAAAACAAGACUGUUUAAGGGCAUUUAUAAUACUUAAGAAGCUUAAAUAAUUUUACAGCUGUUUUCUCUAUUUCAGGUUUGUUUUACUAAGUGUGCUAUAUAUUCUUUCGACUAUGUUCAAUUCACUAUUUAAUCAUUUUUCAGCAGUUUUUUUUUUUGCUGCUUUGUAAACAACUUAUAGCCAGAGAUGGGAGGAGUAGCCCAAACCUAUAAUGAAGUAAAAGUAUAAUUAUAUGCAAAAAAUAUCACUCAAGUAAAAGUACUUGUCCAAAAAUGUAUUACAUAAAAAUAUAAAAAUAAUCAGGUCAAAUUAGGCUGUUAAUGUACUGAAACAAUAAUAACAUUAAGAUUUUCAUCAUGUAUUUUCAAAAAAUGUAAUCUUCUACUUCAAUAAAAAUGGAAAAGCUUAUAAGAGUGAUUAACUGCAAAAAUUAAAAUCCUAAGUAUUGUUUUAUGCAUUUUACAGAAAUCAAUCUUUAUUAAAAUUGCUUAUAAAUAUUUCUGAAGGCAUUGCCUGUACACAACUGAAAGAAUAUUUGAAGUGUUGUCCUUGAUAUACAGCCCUCAUCAAAGGGUAUCUUAAAUAAAUUAUAGCUACCUAUUGUACUUUGGCCACAACAUUCAGUGGUCUUUUUUAUACUUUUUUAGUCUAGCUGAUUAGAUAGAUAGAUAGAUAGAUAGAUAGAUAGAUAGAUAGAUAGAUAGAUAGAUAGAUAGAUAGAUAGACACUACUACUAUUACUGUUUCUACUACUAACAAUGACAAUCAAUUUAGGACAUCAAAAUCAGAUAAUAGCUGGCAUUGACAUUUAGUUUUUUGCAACGAGCCAAGUUGCAAAAAGUAGUGUGUUAGUUGUGAGUUAGUGAGUGAGUGAGUCAGUGAUACUCCAUAACUAACACCAACACUGAAAAGCUAUUUAGAAAUCAAGCAGAGUUUGCUAUCUACUUUCAGAAUACUUCUGCAAGGCACCUACACCACAGGAAAGGUUCAAAUGUGUUUAAUUAAGAUGAUGAUUGAAUACAUAUACAGUAUGCUCAAAUGUCUACUUCUUUGACCAUACAAAGAUGAAAACUUGAUAUAUCUGUUGUUUUUGUUCAUUUUCAGUCCUCACUCAAGCUACUUGAUCAGUCCUCCGUGGCUGCUUAGCUGAAUAUCUUAGAAGCAUAGAUAGCAUAUUUUGGUCACCUUUUGUUUUUUAAAGUUUGGUCAAAGCUGUGAUUUGCUGGCUACCAGAGGGAUAUCUGUGACUGAGGGGCCAAGUAUGGUCAAUAAAAAUCACAGAAUAAUUCAUUGGAAAGUAAUUAAGCCUCUUCAUUGGCUAUCAGUACUAGAAAUGAAAACUCUUGCCAGUUAGGUGAAAAUGAUGAAUGAAAGUCCAUAGAAUAAGUCAGCUGACUUUGAGGCAGUGUUGCUAAUUCUUUGCCUUAGAAAAAAUAAUGCUUAAGAAAGUAAAAAGGUUAAACAUGAAAAAUUCAAAUGUAAAGAUAAUGAGGGUGACAGAAAUUUAAUGGAGUAAAAGUUCACUAUUGUUUUUAUAAAUUUAAUUCAGUGAAAGGACAAAGUAUUGUGCCAAAACUACCUGAAAAUAACAUUUUUGCAUAAGUUUACUUGAUGUUAAGUAAAUGAGUAAAUGUACUGCAUUAGUACCACCUCUACUUGACACCAUCAUUUAAGCGACCAUUCUUUUUUUGUCUUUUGGGACAUUUGACUACUUUAAUUGAAAGGUAUAUUUUGUCUAAAUUAUGAAAGUGAAUAAUCAAUGCAUUAAUCAUUUUAGAAAUGUGUUUGCACCUGCAGAUAUUGUGAAAAAUCGAACUAAUUAUAAUCAAUUAGUGCAGCGUUUCUCAACUGUUGGGUCAUGAGUUACUGUUGUGGGGUCGACUAGUGGGUCUCAAAUGGCUCGUCUAAGUGAGCAACAUCGCUGCACAAUACUUCUCCCUGUACUCAUCAAUGAUCGUUCUUUGAAUAGAGAGAGACCAAACCCACUUCCCCUGCUUAUACAUGUGUGCUCAUUUGACCAAGGGGGAUUCGCUGUGUUAUUCGUGCUUGUUUCACCAAGGCAGAUAUGGGUUGUGAGUACAGUUACUGUGAAAAAACUCACUGAAUUAGAGCAUCAUGCAGUUGUUGUUGUUCGUGUGCUUGCUUCUUAUUUACACAGUACAGAGACUGAAUCCUGGUCUUCUACUGCAGUUGUGUUAACUUUGCAUAUUCUCCCCCAUAAUUUCAGUGAUGUGCACAGACCUUUUGGUAGUUAGUGGAAGAAGAGGAACUCACUGGAAAUUUAGAUUUAACUUCAGGAGGAUUUAGAAAUCUUGGCAAAAAGUAAUUGUCCAUGAUUAUACCCCUCUCUACUAUACAAAUACAGUAUGUUGUUUUCCUAACACAUCUUACCAAAACCAAAUAAAAGAAUUUGCACUCUGUACCAAAUAGACAUCAUAGCAUAUCAACAUCAAAGAUUUUUUCUCCAUAAAUGGCCUCUUGCGAGUCAAAUAUUUAAAGCAACCAGAAGUGAUCAUUUGGUACCAUAAAUAACCAUUCUUUUUGUAUGCUAAACUUUAAGCAAGGAAGAUGUAUAAUAAUUUUAUAUAUACUGUAUGCAUUAAAAUCUCCCAGUAACAAAAAUAGUAAUACAGUACUCUUGUUUUCAAAUUGUUUUCAGCUUCUGGGAUUUAUAACAAAUUCUUCCCUUUGGAUUCUAUGCUUUGAUAGACAGUUAUAUAUUUUUUCUAUACCCAAAAUCAGAAAAUCAGAAAGCAGUCCUUGUCCAAAUCGAUAUCUGAGUUCGAACUUAACUGAAUUGAAUUUGGAAAAGAAGCAUUUCACAGCGGUUUCUGUGAAUGUGGCACCCUUUAAAUAUUCAGCAAUUGAAAUGGUGCUGGAAAUACUAAAUCGGGAUGAGACUCUUUGAAUAUACCCAGCAUUGCUUAGGCAGUAUUUCCUUUGCAGGUGUAUGCAGAAUGUAACAAGGCACAUUGCUUAUGGCUGAUUUUCCUGUCUCUUACAAUAAAAGGACUGGCACACGUGUGCUUAAAAGUGACUAAUCAGGUUAAAAUGGGAGAAAGGGCAUUAUGGGAAAAGGGGCAGGGGCUUCAAACACUGUAUCCACAUAUACUUUUACUUCUGGUACCGGUUUCCUCCUGCAUGUGUGUGAAAAUAAUUGGUUACUUAGACUGGGCCUGUAUGAGUGAGUAUUGUUGUGUGACAGAGGGUGCCAAGAGAUGGACUAUCACUCUCUGCAGGGUUUGCUUAUGUCUUCUGCUCAUUGCUGCUAAAAUUUUCAUUGACACUGUUGGACUUUGAAUACCAGUAUGCUGGAACUGAAAAAAAAUAGUGCAACACCAGAUCAUUCGUAAGAUUUUACUGUAGCCACCAGAAUGACAUGUCUAUACAUGGUUGGAUUUAAACAUUUAAUUCUGUUCAUAAUUCAUAGACAAUACAUGUUUAGUCCCACCCAUACAUUUGAGUAGAAAAUGUACAUCAGACAUCACACAAACCUACUUUGCAUGUGAAGUCUGUAGUCAUGAAAUUAUUCUGUGAAAAUCAGAAAAAUGUUUGUACUAUCAUGAUGCAUUUUUAAUUGUUUGCUGUUCUUCAAAUAAAUGUUGGAUAUGACUUGUUGAAACCAUUCAGAAUCCUGCUUACUUAUUUUAUCCAAGGUGACUUACAACAUCUGAGAUACAGUAGGCUAUAUUUAUUUUGCUUUUUUUCCAAUUUAUACAGAGAUAGAUGAAGUGACAUGCUCAUGGUCAUGCAGUGUCAGUAGAAGGAUUUUAACUCACAACCUCUUGGUUUGAAGUCCAUAGCUGUAAAACAUAAUAUGGUGUGGAUGAUGAUAUUUCAGAUCACGCUUCUUUCCUUAUAUAUUUUAUGCCUUCUAUUUUGAAUUUGACUAGUGUUCAAGUUCAUUGUUGCAUGGGCCAGAACAACAUCAGGCUCAAGGCAGGAACUAACCCUGCCGAAAAAAACGAGUCCACUGCAAAGGUGUAGUACAGUUCCGACUCACUCAUAAAAUGAACUUGGCACAUGUCUUUGGAAUGUGUGAGGAAAGCCAGAUUGCCUGGUGACAACACUACAUGAAUGGAACUUGCAAACUAAACACAAACUAAAACUGAAGCAAGAAUUGCUAACCACUGCACCACUAUGACACCAUUACUGAUUUUAGUAUAAUUUAUAUUUAAGAAAGAGACUGAUAUAUUUUAUCUAAAUAAACCUUCAAGCAAGUCUAUAUCUCCAAAUAUAGAUUAUACAUAUACUGGAUUUAAAAAUACAGGAUUUUAUUUCUAAAUUAGCUCAAAGAGACUAAACACUGGAAUUUAAAAAGAGGCAACAGUGCAUUUUACUUUAAGAUAGAUAGAUAGAUAGAUAGAUAUAGAUAGAUAGACACUUAUUAUGUGUUAUUAUUAUGAUUUUUAUACUUAACAAGACAGGGAGACAUUAUUUUGAGUAAGAUGAUGGUCUCCUGCACUAUCUUCACCUACUACCUACUAAAACAUGUAGCCAUCUAUUUUCAAACAUUCUUUGUCUUUCGUUCAGAUAGUAUAUAAAACUGUGAAUAGUGCAGCCCCUUUAUUUGUGGCCUUUUUAAUUUCUGUAAUUAAUUUGAUUCUUCCAGUAAGUUCGGGUCAGGUAAAAAAAUUAAACUAGAGGAACACACUGGGUUGGGAAGGUAGAGAUUCCUAUUAUGUUCAAUUUCCUUCUAUAUUUUAAAGGUUUGUUUCUCAAGUGGCAUAUUUUAAAAUUGAUAAAAUGGAAGCUCCACUGACAGGCCCACUGGCAAACCUUUGAAUGUUGAGCAGUCCAAACAGCACACAACAGCUAAGCACUCCAUUGUCAACUUUUAUAUAUGUCACAUCUGUCCACGGUUUGGUUUCCAAUACUCCACUACAGGAGUGGUACUGACACGAUCAUGUCUUUGUAACCCUUACAUACAGGAUAUCCUCUAUUGUCUCAAUGCCAACAUUCCUUUGUGGUAUGAUCACAAACCAUAUCAAGUGUAAUGUUUUAGGUAAUGUACUACAGGGUUUUACAGUUCUAGAAAUUCCCCUCAAUCAUAUCACUCAGCCUCAAAAGAAAAGUGUAUAUUUCAAUUGCUGCCUGUACUUAAACACACACUGUAAUUCACAGAUGUCAAAGUAGUUCUGUGGUAAAUGCUGCUUCCUGGAUCUAGCAUUUUGGCUUUAAAUUCAAAGGGAGGAAAAAGAGAGUCCUUGGAUCCAGGACUCUCAAUGGUUUCCUUCCUUUAGAAUUACAUUUUAAACAGAAUAUAACUUCUUUAGCAUUUCUUUAUCCCAUUUUUUUCAGGCUGAACAGUACACCUAAGGCUUGGCUCAGUUGUGGGAAAAAUCAUACAUGUGAACAGCCUUCUGACAAGGCCACUCCAUCCAGCUUUAAAUCACAGUAAACCCUCGGUUAGUCAGUUAACAAACAGACAAUUUAUUCACUUUAUAUAUUUCUUGCUUAACCAAGACAAGUAAUUUACAUACAUCUGUCAUCUGCACGUCAAUGAUAAUAAAACUGAAAACCAGUAUGAGUGCUUUUCACAUGUGCUUUGCAAUUGACAAAGUAACUGUUCUAAUUUUAUUUGUAUGUAUAAAUGAAACAAGAAGCAUUUUUUCUUGUUUUCAUCUGUUUCCUUCCAUAAUUCAAAGAUAUGCUCUUAGUUUGAGUGACAAUUCCAAGUUGUUCUAGUAUGAGUGCGUAUGGACUAGGACUGGAUUCACCUAUAGGUCCUAUAUAUUCCUGUCAUAUUCAUAUUACUGCUAAGUUCCUGCAGUUUUGCUGUGGAUAAAGUAAGCUUGCUAAAAUGGGCUGUUGAAUGGACAACAUCGCAUUUUUAUUCUUUGGAAAUAUAUUUUCAACAUUAGGUUUCCUGUUCCUAAGCCUUGAAGGCUUGUGUUUGGGAUACUAAAGUUAAGAAUGUUAUUGAAAGGUCACUGAUCACUACAUGUUAGUGGGUUAAAUUUUAAUCUCCAAGAUUUACAAUUCAGUUGUUGCUUAUGACUCACUCUUUGACCCUGAGGGAAUCAGCUUCACCUGACUGUCAAAUGUAGGAAAUACAUGUAAAAAAUUUAUUUCAUGUGUCCCUGUAAAGUGCCUUGGGUUGUCUUCAAUAUAGAAAAUGUUAAAGUGCUAUAUAUAAAUUAAUGUUAAGAAGAACACUCCAAGGCAACUCUCACAGGCAGCAUACCUGGUAUGAUCCUUUGGUAAAAAUGUAGGCUGUCACUCAGAGCAUGAUGGUGGAAAUAUUUCUCUUCACUGGAAUGGAAGUACUUAGGAACUCCUCAGAUGUAUACCUGUACACUGUAGCUUGGAAGAAAGUGGUGUGUGCUCAAUUUCCACAACUCUCUCUGGGUUAAGAUUGAUCAUACUCUUCGUUGAAUCUGCAAUCACUAUAAAUCUUUAUUCUUCUCGUUUCUUUUCUGGUUCUUCAGUGAUGGCAUUCUGAACCACCACUACCUGAGCAAAGUCCUGUGAAACUGCGUGUGAAGUUUAAAUUAAAGCAGAUACCACAAAAUACCAUGUGCACCACAGCGUUGAAUCUUCCAAGAUGUAACGUAAAACAGCAAUAAAAGAAUUUUUUAAGAACAUUUACUUUUGGUUGAAUACCCAGAACCCCUACAGAUUUUUGACUUCAUUUUAACUGAAGGUUUUUUUUUUUUGCCACCUGACCUUAUCAUCAGACUCUUAUUUAGAGACUUAGAAACCAAUUCUAUAUUUAAGGACUAUAGUCUUUUAAUUAUAUAUCUAUCUUAUGUUAGU